AUGAGCCUUGCCAUAAAGGAAGAGGAAUGUACAAUUUGUUUGGAAGUUAUCACAUUUGCCAGUACUAUAGGUACAAUAAAAAAUUGCCACCAUUAUUAUCAUGAAGAUUGCAUUCUACAGUGGUCCUCUCAUUCAAAUUCUUGUCCUACAUGCCGAAAAUUGUUUUAUAAGAUAGAUGUUUCAAGGCAUGACGAACCUAAUAAAAUACGGAAACUGAUAUCAAUAAGAGAUAAGUUAUUGCCGAAUGACGCCAUAGAUCAAAUCCCACAGGAGUACAUCAUACCCAUGAAUUCUCCGUCUACAGAUAGAGAAAAUAGUCACAGUACGCUAGAUCAAAUAACGGAACAUUAUUCCAGUAACAAUAAACUUUGUUCUAUUUGCUCAAGUUCUGAUUACAGAAGUUCGUUAUCAAGAAAUCUUAUCUAUUGCAAUAACUGCCCAUCGGCAUUUCAUUUAAAUUGCUUAGGUGUAAAUGCAUAUGAAGAGUUCGAUGAUCUUACUUGGUGUUGCCCAAUGUGUGAUAGCCUUCAAGAUUUAUCGGCCAUGCCUACAUAUCAAUCGGGUGUAUCAAAUAGAAGCAGGUCAUCGAGAGGUGCAGGUAACAUACGACCUAGGGCAAACAGGAUAAGAACACCAAGGACAACGACAUCGACAUCGCUGUUAAACUCUCACAUAACGGAUGCAAUAUUUAGGAAUGCUUCUGUGCCCAUUAAUGUUGUACCUAGAGUAGAUAAUCUUAAUGUUACCCUGGAACGUAUAUCGAGGGAAAAUUCAAAACGAAGACCAGGAUUGAUUAUACACAAUGAAAAUGGCGAAUUAGAUGAUGAUUUCCUAUAUGAUAAUAGCAACCCUGAAGACGAGACUAAUAUUAGAGCCGAAAAUAAUAGAGUGUAUUCUCCGCCUAUAAUAAAUGGUGGUGUUAUAUUACGCAAGGAAUUAAAGGAGAAACAAAAGUUGUCUAAAGAGGAGGCGCGAUCGUGGGAUGUAUUCGAUGAAGCACGUAAGUGUAAGGUUGACUCUGAAAGUUCAAACGCAGUGAAAUCUAUAGCUCAGAAAACUGAAGAACCAAGAGCAAGAAGGAGACGGAAAAAGCUUUCUGAUUUACCUCACCCUAAUCCUAACCCUGAAUUAAUAGAAGGUACAUCAGCAAACUUGCAAAAUGUCUCCGAGAAGAAACAAGAAAAAACAAGAAUUUCUAGCUUAAUUAGCCAACUUCGUUCACAACAGACAGGAUGCAAAUAUGAAAGAAAUGUGAUUACGACUUCUACCACCCCCGAAAUUUCCACAGGAAUUUCACUUAAUCCAACUGAGUCUAUUUCAGGAGAUAGUGGGGCGCUGUCUGACAGUGAAACUAAAUCUCAAAGAAAAAAGGCUUGUAUUGAUAAGCCAACUAGUAUGGAAUUAUCACUCGAACAGAAGGUGGAAAUUCAAAAACAUAUUCGAAAUAACUUGAGACCUCUAUAUCGCCCAGGAGAUUCCAACCCAAGUUGUUCUCCCAUGAUUAGGUCUGAGGAGAUAUAUAUCGAAAUUAACAAGAGUGCAUCGAGAAAGAUAUAUGCACAUAUUUUAUCGUUGAUUACAAGUGAGACGGACGAACUGAAAUGUAUAGAAUAUUUUAACGAUGAUGAAACAAAAUUAAAAUCCAUAGUUGAAAAGUUCGUUCGGGAUGAAUUGAGAUACUACAAAUGGUAA